AUGUCAUUCAACCACUGCACUGAGACCGAGGGAAGGAAAGAAUAUGGCAAGGCAGAUGAGCGCUGGUUGUACUCCGACCCGACAAUAGUAUCUCUGGAGCUUCUGACAGUGGUUUUAGAUGGUACUUUGGCCCUGCUUCUAGUCUACGCCAUCAUCAAAGACAAACACUACAGGCACUUUGUUCAGAUCACACUAUGUGUGUGUGAGUUGUACGGGGGCUGGAUGACCUUCUGUCCAGACUGGCUAAUCGGAAGCCCUAACCUGAACACCAGCAACUGGCUGUACCUGUGGGUCUAUCUGGUGUUCUUCAAUGGGAUCUGGGUGGUGGUGCCUGGACUCCUCCUUUUGCAGUCAUGGAGGGAUUUGAGAAGGAUGCAUCAGUAUCCAAAGAAGAAGAACAGAUAAAAUCAGAUCAUUAGUGAUCAAGCAUAUAAUUAUCACAGUUAUAAUUAGCUUUUCAAAGUCAACAAACUGAGAUGUGGAGAGGAUGUACUGCAGUUGAUGUAUUAUACACAUUUAUUGUGUACACCGAAUAUUAGAGGAACAGUUGUUACGGCGUAUCUUUGCAUAAUUGCAGUGGUAAAGACAAAGGAAGUUCACACCAAACUACUGACUCAUAGCAACAGACUUUUACUAGUAUUAUUUGCAUUCCUGCCAUAUGACACCUAAACAGUGAAUUCUUUAUUUAGCUUUUUUUAACACUGAUCUAGGACCAGCUUCCCUACUAAUUCCCCUUACCAAACUACCUUAUCCAGUAUGAUAGAAAGCACAAAUUGGAUCCAGAUUAUAUUGUAAAUAGUUACUUCAAUUCAUGUUUCAUCACAUGCUUCUUUUUUACACAGACUGUGCUAUUGAGUUGGCUACUUUCUUGCCAAGUUAUGACAGCAUAACAGGUUAGCCUGCUAUAUUUUGGUCAUAGUCACUUAUAUAUGCAGGCCUGAACAAGGUAUGUAUUGUAAGGUUUAAGGUAUUACUUCAUCAUUGCAAUGUCAAAGAUUAGUUUACAGCUUCAUGUGUAAACAAUAUAAAAGGGGAAUACUUUACAAUAAGGUCCCAUUAGUUAACAUUAGAUAAUGCAUUAACUAAC